GGCAGCAUGGAGACGGAUCCUCUAAAUCUCUGGAACACCAUUUUUUUAGUUACACUAUCUGGAUUGACAACAAAACUAAUUUUGAACGUAGCUGGUUCAUGACAGGAAUUCAACUUGUUUGGAACUGAAAUUGAACAAUCAAGUUUCCAGGAACGAACUGGUCCUUUCUAACUGUGGGACUAUUUGACAGCAAGAUUUUUAAAAAAGGAAGACUUGAAUCAGAAAAGACUGAGCUAAUGCUGCCACAAACUCACCUGGCUGGGAACCUGUGAAAAGAGACAACCUGGCUAUUAUCACAAUGAAUAUGAAUAACAGAAGUGAAAAGGUUUCAUUUUGCUUUCAAAAACAGAUCUGCAAGGACAAAGACAACCUAAGAAGGACAGAAGACAGGCUCAUGAAGACCAAGCUGGACAAAAGGAACUUGUUCUUCCUUUAUUUGGGUUGGGUACACCUUAGUACUAAAACUAUCUGAAAUUUUGCAACACAAAGACUAAAUAGAAGAGAGAGCAGACUAUUAUGUGUUCAAUUUACCUAGAGUAUAAGACCACUGGGAUUCUGGGAAGGACUUCCAAAGGUGACGAGUUGUGUCGGCUUUAGAUUCUGAAACUUUGUAUUUUCUAAUAUCGCUUAUAAAUUGUUUACCGCACAGACCUUAUAUAUUCAGAUGAACGUGCAGGUGCUAUGCUGAGGGGAUUGGGUGUUGCUCCAGCCCCACCAGGCCACAAGUGGAAAUUUCACUGUUCUGUUGGGGUGGACUGUAGUAACGCUGAACCCUGCUGCAUUUGGCUGGCAGUUCUGAGGGUGGUGUCCAAUCACACAUCACUUCAUCCAACAGCAGUAACACCGACAAGAAGAACUGGUUCCCGGAUCAAAAAUCACCAUCACUUGUCUUCGACUAAAGGCCAGAAUGAUAGGAUUGUGUCAUCGGACAAAAACAGAAGCAACCAGCUGCCAUCAACUGAAGUGGCAGCCAUGUCUCAGCAAGGCCCACGGACCAUUGUUCUCCAGAAGGACUCACAAGGUUUCGGCUUCACUUUGCGCCACUUCAUUGUGUACCCACCAGAGUCGGCCCUCCAAAGCCUCAAGGAUGAAGAAAAUGAUAAUUUACCAGGAAAAGGUGAGUGUUUUAUGUCCUGUUACUUUAAACAGCAACAACUUUAUUGG